AUGUCUCAUCAAUCGGGAAUUACCGCAAAUGAUAAAUUACGAGAAAAAUUUGCUGAAAUGAAAGAUGGACAUAUUCGAGUUGUCGUUGUUGUUAUUGAAAAUGAAAGUCUGGUAAAAAAAGCAGAACAUAAUGCUGAACAAACAUUUAAUGAAGAUUUUGAUAAAAUGAUUCCACCAUUAAUUGACAAACAUCGGCCUGCUUAUUAUUUUGUUCGUCUUGAUACAAUUAGUGAACUAAGUGGACAUAAUUGGUUAUUAAUUGUUUACAUUCCUGAUGAUGCUAAAGUUCGUGAACGAAUGUUAUAUGCAUCAACAGUAGCUACACUUAAACGAGAAUUUGGUUUAACAUAUAUUACUCAAGAAAUUCGAGCAUCAUCAGUGCAUGAAAUGACAAGUCAUUCAUUUCAUCAACAUGUUCGUAGUCAAGCAGCACCACCACCAAGAACAAUGCGUGAAGAAGAAAUGUUUGAAAUACAACAACGAGAAGUUACGGCGGAUAUUAGUAUUGAUUCCCGACAUCAAACUUUACAAGGAUUAACGUUUCCUUUGGAUGAAAAUGUUGUUGAAGCUUUACAUUUAUUUAAAAAACAAAAUGUUGAUUAUGUACAAUUGGAAAUUGAUCAUGAACAAGAACGUAUACUUUUAGCUCAUUCGGAGUCACAUGCAACUCCUGAACAUAUUCAAAAAUGUUUACCAAACAAUGCCGGACGAUAUCAUAUAUAUAGAUUUAAACAUAAUCUUCAUGAACAAACGUUAAAUUCUCUGUUCUUUCUCUAUUCUGUACCGGGUCAUGGUUCAAAAAUAAAACAACGUAUGCUUUAUGCUAGUUGUAAAGAAAGUGUUAUUGAUACGAUUGAAAAAAAAUUUGGUAUUUCUUUCGAUCGAAAAUUGGAACUUUGUGAUAUAAGUGAUUUAACACAUGAUUACCUUUUUCAACAACUUCAUCCGGAAUCAAUAGCAAGUACAGGUAAACCGUCAUUUGCAAAACCAAAAGCUCCAUCAUCACGUGGUCCACGUCGUCUAGUCAAAUCAAAUGAAAACCCGGAUGAAUGA